CUAGCCACGAAAGUAAACCAUUUGGUUGGUGUGGCUCAGUGUAAAGUAGCUCACUGUGAAGAUAUUGAAAAUCGGAAGCUUUCUGAUUCCAAAGCGCACAGUUUAUGACUAACGAAACAUGGUUUCUGUUAGUAUGAUAAGUGCUAAACUAUCAGACUUACAUGACAACAUUGCGAAAUUGUCUCAUGAAUUGGACCUUAAACGUAAGGAAAAGGAGUCUCAAAGAAGUUUUGUUAAAAAGCUUGACUCAGAAAUCAAAGAUAAACAUAGAUUUCUAGAUAGCUUAGAACAAAAGCGUGAACAGCAGGAAAAAACUAUCAGAGUUAAUACUGAGCGCCUAUGUGAGCUUCAAAAAUCAGCUGCUGAGUGUCAGAAAGCACAUGAAUCUCUAGAAAAACGACUAGAAAGUCAAGAACAAUCAAUUCGUUCUCUCGAAGACGAAGUUAACGAAGCACAAAGUCUUGCAAAGUCUUCAGCCCAAGUUUACGAUGAGACUCUUAAGUUACUACAAGAAAAAUUGGAGAUUUUGGAAAAAUAUGAUCGUAAAGAAGAAUCUCUUACCAAGACUAUCAAAGAGUUGAGAGAUGAAGCUAAUUUACAUGGGAACAGACUACGUCGCAUUGAGACACAAGGAAACGAGGCAAAUAAACGCAUAGAAUUGCUGGAGGAAAAAAUCAGGGAACUGACAGAACAAAUUAAUUCCGAAAGCAUAUCCUUUUAUGGAUAUCUCAUGUGUACAAAAGGCAAGUGGUGAAUAGCAUUCGGAGCUAAUUUUUACUGUAUGGUAGUUUAUUUUCACUCAUCAACCAGGUACAUUUUCAUGUACUUAGCUAUCAACCACAUUGUGAUGACUAGCGAUACUGUCCAGUUUUUGGAUAUAAACUAGGUGGAUCGAGCUUCGGACCUGUGACUCAGUGGCUUAAAGUCAAACCACUGAUCCAUUGCUUCAUUUACAAAAGAAAAAGUCACAACCUGAUGUUAUAGUCAUAGUUGCAAAUAAAAUACCAUCGUUUUCAAUCAUCUGGCUGCUUAAUUGUCGUUUUUACGACUAACGAAGGAAUAUCGCAAUGACCUGCUUGUUUAUCAAUACUUUAUGCAAGUUUCAGUAUGAACAACUGCAGAAAUGAAGGCUACUCAACGAGCUGUUCGUGCAGAAGAAGAAUCUGAAAAUCUAGCCGGUGAAUUAACAAUUCUAGAAGACGAAGCAAAUGAAUGGAACGAGAAAUCAAGUAAUGUUCAAGAACAAAUUAACAUGGUUCGAAUCACUAUCAGUGAAGCUUAAUUAUUACUAUCUACUACUACUACUAUUAGAUAUAACUCGACCAUACUCUCUACGACAUCUUUUUGUUCCUAUGCGCUGUUGUUAGGACAUUUAAUUGAUUUUUUAAGAGUUAAUUUAGUGUUUUUAUGAAUUUCGCUACUGAUUUUUUUCCUAUUUCUUUCGCGCACAAUUUCAUAUCGUAUUUUUUCUUUCUGUCUUCAUUAAAUACUUAAUAUUACUAUUAUUACUAUUAUUAGAAAUGUAAUUCGGUGCAUUCGGAAUAGUGUAUACACAUUCACAUUCCUUGAAUUAUAAGCGACUCAAUUCAUUUCAUUUAAGCAUCAUUAGUAUUGAUUCCAAUAUACACAUUCUUGUUCUUUUAUUUCUCUUCAGAAAAAGAGGUGUUUUUUGCUUUGUUUGUUCGUUCGUUUUUUUUUCUUUUUGCUUGUGAAAGAUUGUUUUCUUUGUCACUCCAUUUGUAUUCACAACAUUGUGUAUGCCUUUGUUCAAGUGACAAGUAAUGAAUCUAUUUAAACAAUAUUGAUAACAAUAUAAAACGAAGCUUAUAUUGAACUUAGUGUUUUGCAAUUAAUCCAUGUUAUAGUUAGUAUAUAUUACCCAUAUUUUUAUCAUUACUGUUUCUUUUAGCUGCACUCCAUCGAAUAAUAAUAUUGAAUAAAGCCAAUAAUAAUGAAUAUUGUUGACUAGUGGAAAGUGAGUUGCUUAGGAAGUAACAUUUUUCAAACUCGUCAGCUGGAUGUAUCUACAUCUCAAAGUUGAUGUUUACUCUUGGACUCGAACCUAGUACCGUUCGCUUGAAACACCAUCACGUUGUCCACUUAGCUACUGAGUCCCGAUUACCA